GAGAUGGGUACGGCGACGGAGAUAAUGGAGAGAGACGCAAUGGCUACGGUGGCUCCCUACGCUCCGGUCACUUUUCAUCGCCGUGCUCGUGUUGACUUGGAUGAUAGACUUCCUAAACCAUAUAUGCCAAGAGCCCUGCAAGCACCAGAUAGAGAGCAUCCAUAUGGAACCCCAGGCCAUAAGAAUUAUGGACUUAGUGUUCUUCAACAACAUGUCGCUUUCUUCGAUAUAGAUGAUAAUGGCAUUAUCUACCCUUGGGAGACCUACUCUGGACUGCGAAUGCUUGGGUUCAAUAUCAUUGGGUCGCUUAUCAUAGCUGCUGUAAUCAACCUGGCCCUUAGCUAUGCUACUCUUCCGGGAUGGUUACCUUCGCCGUUCUUCCCUAUAUACAUACACAACAUACACAAGUCAAAGCAUGGAAGCGACUCAAGAACAUAUGACAAUGAAGGGAGGUUUAUGCCGGUGAAUCUUGAGUUGAUAUUUAGCAAAUAUGCGAAAACCUUGCCAGAUAAAUUGAGUCUUGGAGAAUUAUGGGACAUGACAGAAGGACAACGUGACGCAUGGGACAUUUUCGGAUGGUUUGCAAGCAAAAUAGAGUGGGGACUGUUGUACUUGCUAGCGAGGGAUGAAGAAGGGUUUUUAUCAAAAGAAGCUAUUAGGCGGUGUUUCGAUGGGAGCUUGUUCGAGUACUGCGGCAAGAUCUACGCUGGUAUCAAUGAAGACAAGACAGCGUACUACUAA